AUGAAAAAGCUUUAAAGUUCUUUAUCAUUAGUGAUAGUCUUUCUUUUAUUAAUAUGUCAAGUUAGUAGUGAAAAAGCACAUGAUUUGAAAGUUAUAAUUAUGAGUACUUCUAAGUUUUGGUUCAAUUUUAGAUAGGCAACUAAUACACUAUUAAUCUACGAUGUUUUGAAGAAAAACGGAGUAAAAGAUGAAGAUAUUAUUUUAAUGAUCCCUGAAAAUUCAGCUUGCAAUCCAAGAAAUAAUAAUCCAGGUGUUGUUUGUCAUUUAGAGCUAGAAAGUGAACCUAAUUUGUAUAGAAACAGUGAAAUAGAUUAUAAGUUAUCUGAUGUUAAUGUUCAUACUCUCACAAACAUGUUAAGAGGAAAAUAUCAUAGAUAUACUCCUAGAUCAAAGAGAUUAGUUACUAACAAAAAUACAAAGAUUUUGACUUACUUUACAGGUCAUGGUGGUAGUGGUUACAUUAAGAUGCAAGAUACAGAUGUUAUGAUGGAUGAAGAAAUGAGAGUAGCACUUGAGGAAUUCAACAUCAAAAAUUUCUAUAAUGAAAUGCUAAUGUUUAGUGACAGUUGUUCAGCAGCUACUAUUUUUGAAAAACUCAAACCUGAUACAAAUCCUAACAUUUUUGGUAUUGGAAGUAGCUCAAGAGGAUAAUACUCCUACUCUUAUGGAAAAGACUCUCAUAUAAAUUUGUCUAUUGUUGAUAGAUUUUCUAGGGCAAAUUACCUCUUCUUAACAAACGAAUUUGUUAGAAAUAAAGACUCUUUAUUAUCAGAUAUAAUGAGAGAGUGGACCAAAGAAUAUUUAUAAGGAGAUUUCUCAUAUACAAAUACACAUGCUAGAAAGGACUCCAAAAAUAUUUAUUUAAAAGAUUUCUUCACAAACUUAAAUCCAACAACCUCAAAUAUUAUGGAGAUGAGUCCUAAAAAAGACCAUCAUUAUGAUUAAUUAGAAGCUUUAUUUGGAGAAAUAAUGUCUUAACCUUCUACUGAUUUCUCUAUUGAAAAUAAACCUUUCAUUUGA